UAGGCCACGUUUGAUUAGAAAAAUCCUGUAGAGAAUGCGAGCUGCUCUGCAAAUUGCAACCUUCUUUUUUCUGUAAAAAUGUCCCUUCUGUUUUUAGAAUUGUAAAAUAUACAAAAACCUCAACUUCCCUUCACAUAAACUUCCUUACUCAAUUCAUUUCACUUCCUCUUUUCUGUAGAAAACUAUUGAAUUUUGCCAUGGCAGCACUUACUCAAAUUUCCAUCAAUUUCCUAGCCUUAAAUACACCACACAAUGCUUUGUACAGAAAACCAAACUUUAUUGGGCUAAAACUGCAUCGAUCCAUCUGUUGUUACAGUCAUUUAAGUACAAGAAAAGAAUCACUUUGGAACAAGUUAAGAGCUUUUAAGGAGAAAUCUUCAUUCUUGACAGUUAAGAGGGAUAAAAAUGGGAUUUUGGAGAAAGGUGAGAAGAGAAUGGUUUUCGUGAAAUUCAAACAAGGGUUUGGAUUUGAUGGAAUUGGUGAUGGUGGUGGUGGUGGUGGUGGGAAGGAUAAUAGUAACACUGUGAGAGUGGUGACUAAUCUUGUUCUAGCAAUUGGGCUGACUUAUCUUUCUAUGACUGGUCAGCUUGGCUGGGUCUUGGAUGCUAUUGUUUCUGUUUGGCUCCUUGCAGUUCUGCUACCAAUUGUAGGUUUGGGAGCUUUUAUUUGGUGGGCUGGACGAGAUAUAGUUCAAGGCACUUGCCCAAACUGCGGGAAUGAUUUUCAAAUUUUCAGGUCUACUUUAAAUGAUGAGGUUCAACUUUGCCCUUUCUGUACUCAGCCGUUCUCAGUUGUUGGCAAUGAGUUCGUGAGAGACCCAGUAAAGUUCUCUAACCAGUCAAACACAUUUGGUCAAGCAUUCAGUGAUUUCAGUGCUCGUUCAAAGAAAGGUAAGGAUUCCACUACCGGAAUUGUUGAUGUUGAAGCAGAAGUUAAGGACGCGGAGUAGGCAGUGGUCUCCAGUUGUACAGUGGCAUAUGAUAUCAUCAUUAGGGAGUAUUGGGAGGCAGCAGCAGCUGAAUGGGAAGAAGACCGGAGAAUCCCACGUUCGUAUGAAGAGAAAAGCUUCGGGGGCACUAUUCUUAUGAAAUACCGAAGAACACCACAUUCAGCAUAGCUUAUCAUGCAUGGCCCUACAUAGCAUACAGUCAGCAAAUACAUGGUAAACGUAUUAUAGAAUGCUGCUGAUGAUGUUAAAGAAAGUGGUGAUACAAUUAUACUUGAUUGUAGUAUACCAUAACAUACAGAAGCGUGUAUUCGUUAUUCCCUCAUCAUGUAGAUAGCAUGGGUUGGCAUUUUGUAAGAACGCGUUGUUGCUUCGCAUCAGGCGAGGUGUUGAUGGGUAUUGUUUAAUGUGACUCAAUUGUAUAUCGUAGUACAAUAUUUUCUUUGAAUUGGACGGUUUUCAUUCCUUUAAUCUUCAAUUCCAAAGCUGCAAAUGGUUUAUUGGAUU